CUAAAGGUUGGAUGUUGGAACGCACCCCAGCGUGUUUCACUAGACUUUUCAGUGCGCACGCCGCACGGAAGGCGGUGCGCGCUGUUUUACUGGAAGGCUGUUUUGUAUCGGCUUGCCGGAAAGUGUUAACGAGAAGGUUAAUUUUCUUACCAUAUUGAUAGGUUAAACGCUCUAAAAUAAAUAGAAACUGACUUCUACAAACAUGUAAUUAAAGAACAGUUUACUGCGCAUAGAAAGGAGAGCAACAAUGGCUUUGACAUGGAUGGAUAAAUACAAGCUCAUUACUAGAAAUCUAGCAGAAUGGUUGGGAGAUGAAAAACUUAAAAGUAUUCUAAAGGAACGUGAUCUGAAGCUGUAUUGGGGUACAGCUACAACAGGAAAGCCCCAUAUAGGCUAUUUUGCCCCUAUGUCCAAGAUAGCUGAUUUCUUACGAGCUAAAUCCGAGGUGACGAUCCUCUUUGCAGAUCUCCAUGCAUAUUUAGAUAAUAUGAAAGCCCCUUGGGAGCUUCUAGAGCUUCGUACUCAAUAUUACGAAGCUGUAAUCAAAGCCAUGUUAAAGUCUAUUGAUGUACCAUUGGACAAAUUAAAAUUUAUUAAAGGCACAGACUAUCAAUUGUCCAAGGAAUACACAUUAGACGUAUAUCGUCUAAGCUCGUUGGUGACAGAGCAUGAUGCGAAGAAAGCAGGUGCCGAAGUUGUUAAGCAAGUCUCUAAUUCACUGUUAUCAGGUCUUCUCUAUCCAGGUCUGCAAGCUCUUGAUGAACAUCACUUAAAGGUUGACGCACAAUUUGGUGGCGUCGAUCAAAGAAAAAUCUUCACCUUUUCAGAGAAAUAUCUACCAAUGCUAGGUUAUGAAAAACAUAUUCAUCUGAUGAAUCCGAUGAUUCCUGGCUUGGCUGGUGCUAAAAUGUCUUCAUCUGAGGAAGAUUCCAAGAUUGAUUUAUUGGACAAUCCUGUGGCAGUAAAGAAGAAGCUGAAGAAAGCGUUUUGUGAGCCAGGAAAUAUUGUAGAUAAUGGAAUUUUAGCGUUUUCCAAACAUGUUAUAUUUUCAUUAUUCAAAGAUGACGAAACUUUUAACGUAUCGAGAGCUGCAGAAUUUGGCGGUGAUGUAUCUUUUUCCAAGUAUGAAGAUUUAGAAGCUGCCUUUGCGAACCAAGAAAUACAUCCUGGUGAUUUGAAAAAUGCCGUAGAAAUAUACAUCAACAGACUUCUUGAUCCAAUAAGAAAAGAAUUUGAAGCAAACUCAAAACUGAAAUCGCUCGCGAGCAAAGCAUAUCCUCCUCCUCAGAAACAAAAAACUGUGGAGGCAGAAAUUACUCCCACAAGACUAGAUAUCCGAGUGGGUAAAAUAGUUGAAGUGAAGAGACAUCCCGAUGCAGAUUCGCUAUACGUCGAAAAAAUAGAUUUAGGUGAAUCAAAUGGUCCACGCACUAUAGUCAGCGGUUUAGUUAAUUUUGUACCUUUGAAUGAAAUGGAAAAUAGGAUGGUAGUAGUUCUUGCCAAUCUGAAACCAGCAAAUCUCAGGGGAAUUUCAUCGCAUGGAAUGGUUCUCUGUGCCUCAGUGUGA